AUGGCUAACCCAGUUGCUUCCGCUGGUGGUGGUCUAGCCUUCGUGGCUGCCAUCUUGUUCAUUUUCGUUGGAAUCGCCAACUUCACACUCGACCAGAUCGUCCCUCGACACAUCAGAUCGCUGUGCCGGUUAUACUGGCCGCUCGGACCCACAGUACUGCACGGAGAACGCUUGGGCUUACAGGUUCGACCGACGGCGGCAAUCUUGGAGGAUGUGCCAAACGGGUUGAGAAGCCGCGCAACAAAUCUAUUCAACGAUCAGUACAACACCGACAACUACUUCGGAGUCUGGAGUCGCAUUGGUUUCUACUUCCUGUUCAUCGCCGCCUGUCUCGUCGCGCUCAUCCUACUCUUCUCGCUCAUCCAGGCCCGCGGUCCCGGCAGACUGGGCUCACUCAAUCUCUCCGUCAUCAGCCUCCUUGCCUUCAUCAGUAACACUAUCGGCACUGUCAUCUGGACCGCUAUCGCCGGUAUCCUCAAGCACCAACUCAGCCGCGACACUAUUGGCAUGAGCGCCUCUUAUGGCAAUGCAAUCUGGCUGUUGUGGGCAAUCGAUGGUCUCUUGCUCUUUGCCUCCUUCGGUUAUCUAGGCGGCUGUAUAAGGGGCAGAAGAUCUCAAGUCGUUUAGAGCUCUUGGUUCACUUGGCACAUCUCCCGCUCUGCAAUCGAAUCAAACCGUAAUACACGACAAAGGGAUCCAAGGACAAGUCUUUUUCAUUUCGCGAGAUGCUUUUUCCCUUCCUCCUUCCAUUUUGCAGCUCAUUACCUCCCCAGCCAAGAUGCAAACAAUAAUAUUAAAAAAGGGAUUAUCAAACCCUUGCCCGCUCAGAACAUUAGCGAUCUCUCCUUUUCAUCACAUGAGUUCCUCAAAUUAACCCAUUCACUCCCAAACGUACUUCGGCUUUUGUUAACUUUUCUCAUUUUCUAUCAUUUAUUGGACUCAUAAACGUGUGGGAAUGGAAAAGUAAAAAGCAAGCAUGUGUCGAACAUAAUCGUUAAUCACUCCAGUUGUGUAUCAUCUGUUGUUUUUCCUUCAUUCUGAUCUUAAUUUUACCGGAUUGUUUUAUUAAAUACUUAUUCAUUCAUCACCAAGACAAAUCCAUAUCCAUCUAUAUCCACUUUAUCGGGUUGCGGAAUUUUUGGGCCGCAUUAGCUUAAUUGUCUCCCAACAGCCACUAACCUGGAUUUUUUUUCUACCUGUAAUACAUCAAUCUCACAUAUACUUAUCCAAACAUGCACAAGUAUAUAAAUUCCUGUCAGAUUGCAACAUUCCAACAAUUUCAGGUCAACACAAUGGUUCUCUCCAAUUUUUCCAAGGUGAGGGUAAAAACAGGCAGCAUGAAGAGAAACUUCUAAAAGAUUCUGAUGUGAAUGGUCAUGCAGAGU